CCGUGCGCAGUUUCCUUCAGACCCGGAAGUGAAUCAAGCUGACGGGCAGAAGCUCUCCGGUGAGUGAAUUUGGGAUACCCAGUAUCAAACCCGUGUUUCGAGGCAGCACAGCCUGCUGUCCUCCACUCCGAGGUUCUCUGGUGGCUACAACUACCGUUCUCUCCCUCCCGCUCACGAUGAGUCCCGGCGUGGCUGUGAGACGUUCCGAGGCCCGGUAGCCCCGCGUCCCGGCGUCCGGCUCCGCUUACAGCCUCUCCGCCGCUUCACGUGCUUCACUGUCCUGUUCCUCCGUCCCUGGUCCAAGAAUGGGUUGGGGGAGGGGAGGGGCUCUUUUCUGUGCGGUGUUUGGUCAGGGCCGGGUCUGUGGCUUGGAGGGGAGCGUCAGUCCAGCCCAGGUCCCACUGCAGCAGCAGAGCGCGUGGGCCACUCCGCAGGCCAACGAGUUCUGCAGAAAAGGAAGAACUCGCUCCUUUGCUCGCCUCUGCGUUCACGAUCCCCUCCUCGGGCUCCUCCUGGGGCGGCAGAGCCCUGUCCCUUCCCGUGUUGAGGUUCUACCUCUGUGUGUGGUUGUCUCACCGGAAGACGGUUUGUUCAUUCUAAGCAUGAAACAGCCUAUUUUCAGCACUCAGGGUUCACUUCUCAAGACUGAUCUUAUCCGAGAAAGAAGCCCCGAGGAACAGGAAAGAAAGAGGAGGUCGAAAUGAGUCGUUCCCAGGUGCUGUUGACCUUCAGGGACGUGGCCAUAGAGUUCUCUCAGGAGGAGUGGGAGUGCCUGGACCCCGCUCAGAGGGCCUUGUACAGGGACGUGAUGCUGGAGAACUACAGGAACCUGGUCUCCCUGGGUGUGGAUAAAGUGCGUCCAGAUGUUGGGAUCUGCCCUAAUAUUUCUGUUAGAAGUGUGAUUAAGGAAUUAUCAACAAAAGAGGAUAUUAACAAAGAAGAACUGUUCCAAACACUGAUGUUGGAAAGACACAAAAGAAAUGACAUCAAGGGUUUGGGUUUCAGAGAGGUCCAGCAAAAUACACAUGAGUUUGAGAGUCGCUAUGGAUAUAAUGAAACAAAUUACAAAGGAGUAACUGCAGCCCAUAACCACAGUUUCACUGGUAGAAGAGAUCAACAGCAUAACAUCUCCUGGAAUGUUUUCCCUCUAAAACAGGAUGUUUCUGUAAGGAAAAGUACUUCUCAAUCUUACAAAUGCGAGAAGUCAUAUAAAAGUUAUUUGUUAAAACUAGAAAAUAACAUAACUUGUGCAGGAAACAAGUAUAUAAAAUGUUUUGAAAAUGGGAUUGGAUUAAGGUUUCAGUCACAUCUGACUGACCUUCAGAAGUUUCAAACUGAAGAGAAAAUUCAUGCAUGUUAUCAAGUUGAGAGGUUGAUCAACAGUAGUUCUGCUUCACCACUCCAAAGAAUUCCUUCUAAUAUCAACAUUAGCAUUUGUAGUAAAUCCAGGAAAUUUCUUAUUCAUCCUCCAUUACUUACACAUCAAAAACCACAUAAUAAUGAAGAGCCUUACAAAUGUAAUGAUUGUGGGAAGGCUUUUAGAGGAAGCUCAAACCUCACCAAUCAUCAAAGAAUUCAUUCUGGGCAGAAACCUUACAAAUGUAAUGACUGUGACAAAUCCUUUAACCGGAUCUCACACCUCACUAGACACCAGAGGAUCCAUACUGGAGAGAAACCAUAUAAAUGUAACGUGUGUGGCAAGGUCUAUAGUCAACAUUCAAAUCUUACAAUUCAUCAGAGAGUUCAUACAGGAGAGAAGCCUUACAAAUGUGAAGAAUGUGGCAAAGCCUUUACCGAAUUUGCAAAACUUACUAGACAUAAGAGAAUCCAUACCAGAGAGAAACCAUAUAAAUGUAAUAUAUGUGGCAAGGGCUAUAGUCAAAAUUCAAAUCUUUCACGGCAUCAGAAAAUUCAUACAGGAGAGAAACCUUACAAAUGUAAUGAAUGUGGCAAAGCUUUUUCUGAGUAUUCAAGCCUUACUCGACAUAAGCGAAUCCAUUCUGGAGAGAAACCUUAUAAAUGUAAUGAAUGUGGGAAAACCUUCAGAGGAAGCUCAAAUCUCACCCUUCAUCAAAGAAUUCAUUCUGGGCAGAGACCUUACAAAUGUAAUGAGUGUGACAAAUCCUUUAACUGCAUCUCACACCUCACUAGACACCAGAGAAUCCAUACUGGAGAGAAACCAUAUAAAUGUGAUGUGUGUGGCAAGGUCUGUAGUCAAUAUUCAAAUCUUGUAAUUCAUCAGAGAGUUCAUACAGGAGAGAAGCCUUACAAAUGUAAUGAGUGUGGCAAAGCCUUUAUGGAGCAUUCAAGCCUUACUCAACAUAAGAGAAUCCAUAGUGGAGAGAAGCCUUACAAAUGUGAAGAAUGUGGCAAAGCCUUUACCCAAUUUGCAAAACUUACUAGACAUCAGAGAAUCCAUACCAGAGAGAAACCAUAUAAAUGUAAUAUAUGUGGCAAGGGCUAUAGUCAAAAUUCAAAUCUUUCACGGCAUCAGAAAAUUCAUACAGGAGAGAAACCUUACAAAUGUAAUGAAUGUGGCAAAGCUUUUUCUGAGUAUUCAAGCCUUACUCGACAUAAGCGAAUCCAUUCUGGAGAGAAACCUUAUAAAUGUAAUGAAUGUGGGAAAACCUUCAGAGGAAGCUCAAAUCUCACCCUUCAUCAAAGAAUUCAUUCUGGGCAGAGACCUUACAAAUGUAAUGAGUGUGACAAAUCCUUUAACUGCAUCUCACACCUCACUAGACACCAGAGAAUCCAUACUGGAGAGAAACCAUAUAAAUGUGAUGUGUGUGGCAAGGUCUGUAGUCAAUAUUCAAAUCUUAUAAUUCAUCAGAGAGUUCAUACAGGAGAGAAGCCUUACAAAUGUAAGGAGUGUGGCAAAGCCUUUAUGGAGGGUUCAAGCCUUACUCAACAUAAGAGAAUCCAUAGUGGAGAAAAGCCUUACAAAUGUAAAGAAUGUGGCAAAGCCUUUAGCCAGUCCUCUAACCUUGUCAUACAUCAGAUGAUUCAUACUGGAGAGAAGCCUUACAAAUGUAAUGAGUGUGGCAAAGCCUUUAAUGUGUGUUCAAGCCUUGUCCGGCAUCGAAGAAUCCAUACUGGAGAGAAGCCUUACAAAUGCAAUGAAUGUGGCAAGUCCUUUACUCAAUUUGCAAACCUUACUAGACAUGAGAAGAUGCAUACUGAAUAGAAACACUGUGAAUUCAAUACGUGUGGAAAUGCUAUUGUCCAAAAAUCAAGUACUGGGGAUCAUCAGAGAAUCUGUAGUGAAGAGAAACCUCACAAAUAUAAUGUUUAUAGUAAAACCUUUAAUGUGUGUUCAAGACUUACUCAACAUCAAAGAAGCCAUGCUGAAUAGAAACCAUAUAAAAGUCAUGUAUUUGCAAAGCUUGUAACCAGGGUUCACAUUUAAUUAGACCCCAGAAUAUGCAUCUUUGAAAGAAACCACAAAAAGGUAAAGUGUAUGGCAAGGCUUUUAUCCAAAGAUCAAGCAUAUGUAAUGUCUCCUACUGGAAAGAAACCAUACAAAUAUAAUGAAUGUGUUAAACUUU